CUGGAUGGGAAUUGAACCCCGCACCCCUGCCGUGUGAAAACCGGCGCCGUUAUCGCCUUGACCACCGGACCGCCCCAAUUUUGAAGAGUUCUGCGUAAAAUUGUGAACACUCAUUUUAGGGAAAGGUUUUCACUAUAUCACUGUAUCAUACUAUAUCCUAUUCCACUAUUUUCUCUAGAAACUAAGGGCUGGACGUUUUCUAGCGAGAUCAGGAAUGAAUAAAAUGAACCUCCCUUCUUGGCACGAUUGCAUUGCUGCGGGUAGCAAAUAAAACAAAUAGUGUUUUAAUAGAGUUUUCAUUUUCGGUAUCAAAAAGCUCCAAAAAUGUGAGGUUGGAUAUUCGCUGAAGUCAUAAUUUGUUCCAACCGGUUGAGUUGAAUGUGCCUGCGCUAGACAAGGAUGAAUCUGUAUCUAUUAGAAUGAAGUGGAGCUUGUUUUGAUUUACCGCUUCCCCAUGCAACACGCACACACACCCAGUAUCACGAAAGAAAAGUUUCCUUGCCAACUGCACGCACACUGCUGCAGCAGCCUGUAUCGCUACACACUGUCAAAUUGUACCGGUAAAAAAUUUGAUCUAUACUCCACAUUCUGGCAACACUGCCACUCAAUACUUCCUUACUUUUCCGAGCAGAGUGAAGGCGUCCAUUCUUGUUCUCCCCAAUAGUGAACAAUUUUCCUGUGUUGUUGUUUUUUUUUUGAUUUUCGGUGUUCGUAACAAAGUGGUAAGCAAGUUCCGGGUUUGAGUUUGUUUGUUUGUGAUAAGUAAAUGCCAUUUGCAGAACGUUUGUGUUGGUUUACUAAGUUUUGUGAAAUUUUCCUUCAUCGAGCUCGUGAAAAUGGAUGCAUAUCCGCUGCGUGAAGGUUUUGCUAAUAAUCUUGCCUGUACUAUCGUCCAGCUAGAUCCGUUUCCGCUCAUAAUGUCGCACACCAUCCUACUGCUUCAGCCGUGCGCAGAUGCCAGCUCACGCACCUACUGCGACUACGAAACUGUUGGCGAGUGCAUCGAGGGUGUGUGCAAGAUCUACGAGGAGGUACUGCGACGAAGCAACCCGAAUGCAUCGACCAUAACCUACGACGUCGGUCAGCUUUUCACCUUUAUCGAUGAGUUUGCGGAUCUUUGCUGUCUGGUGUAUCAGCCAGCCACCAAUACCUAUGCACCGAAAACCAAGGAAUGGGUAAAGGAAAAUGUUUACCAGCUGUUGAAACGAGCGGCCGGCAUUACGUCCGAGCCGGGUUCAGUUCCUCGUGCGACAUCCACGCCGAUCCCUAGCCGGGGAAAUGGGACCGGUGCGGAGAACCACCCGGCAGACAAGAAAAGCCCAGACGGAAACCGCCGGACACUGUAGUACUCAAUAUGAAAAUGCACUGCAUGUGAUCGUAAACGCGAACUUGGUUACCUCGCACAGUGUACACAGCUGUUUCGAGAGGAAGUCCAUCAUCUAAGUUAGAGUCGAGAACAAGUUCAUCAUUUUUUUUUUUCAAUACACAUGCUCACACAUGUGCCUCACGAUGUACGAAAACCAUAGGAAAGUUCUAAUUCAAUCCAGCAUACAUCCACCCAGUUAUUUUUAAACGCACGAGGCGUGAUUUGUUAGUAGAAACGAGCAAGCAAAAUAUAUUACCAUGCCAUCCCAGAAAAUAGUUGUUAGCGGUGUAUGAAUCGCAUUAAAACCAAGCGUUAAUAAACAAUCUUGCCGUUAAAUGCAACUCGACACAUUUAAUUAUUACUCGACAAUACCGCUUUAGUGUCCAUCGUCUGUUAAUCC